UUUUUAUUGAUUGAAAAUAGUUAAUAAUUAAUUAUCCGAUUUAAUUAUCCUAAUCCUAAUCAAAGGGCUAAUACGAGGAAACUGUUGGGGGGUUUUAGGCGUCUUUAGGGUUUUGGUAUUCCAUCUCUUCGCCAAAUUACUAUUGAAAAAUUCAACUUUCCUUUUUUAAUUCCUUCGAUUUAGGGUUUGAGGCGGCGCCCCUUCUUAUUAUACUUGUUUAUUUAUUAAUUAUUUUUUGUACAGAAUCUGCUCUUCAUUCUCUAAUUUUGGAUUAUCAAUUUCCAAAAUUAAAAAAAAAAAAAAAAACAAUUCUUUAUUUUUUAAUUUGGGGAAGUUGAUUUGAUUUGAUUGGAUUUGAUUCAGGUUCGUCGAUUCCUGAAUCCUUCGUAGCAAUUGUUAGUAGGAAGAAAAAUUGGAUGAUUUUGUAUUGAUUUAAAAAUUUGAUUUUUUGAUCGCGUAUCCUGAUUUGGGAUUUGGGAUUUCGGAUUUCGGAUUGCGAUUCUGGAUUUUGAAUUGAUUCUUUUAUAUAGUGAUUUGUUAUUCAAUUGAUUUUCAUGCCAUUGAUUUUUUUCGUGGGUGAUUUUUACAUAUACAAUUUUUUGUUUUGUUCUUCUGAUUGUUGAUUCAAGAUCCCUUUUUGGUAUUGAUUUCGAUCGAUUUCUCCAGAAAAAUAAAUCAUUCAGAACAAGCAAAUUGGAUAUCGAUCGAAAUUAUCAUCAAUGAGUUAUCCAGAUCCUACACCUCCGACGUAUCCAUUCAUACCACCACCUUUCGCCGCUGGCGAUGGCGGCGCCCCCGCCGCCGGAUUCUGGCCUGGAUUCUGGACCGGUAACAACGAUCAACAACACCAACAACAGCAACAGCAACAGCCUGAUUUAAUGUCCCAAUUCGACCGUCCACCUUACAAAAGACCGAGAAUUGCCGAAAAGCCGUCGAAUUUCCCGCCUCCCGUACAACAAACGAAUCCGAGAAUGAAUCCGCCGAACAUUCCGGUUAACAAAGGAACAAGCCACAUAUUCUUCAAGACUCGGAUCUGCUCCAAAUUCAACGAGGGCAAGUGCGAGAACGGAGACCAAUGCUCGUUCGCUCACGGCCCCGAAGACUUACGUCAGCCCCCUCCAAACUGGCAAGAGCUUAUCCGAGAAAAGGACAGAGCAUCCAUGAACAACGCUAGUUCUUUCGGAGGCAAUGGUGGUGAUGAUCGGAGAACGAUGAUUCAUAGGAUGAAGAUUUGCAAGAAGUUUUACAACGGGGAGGAGUGUCCGUACGGGGACAAAUGCAACUUCCUACACGAGCGCCCUUUGUCCCCUCCGGUGCGGAAAUUUAGGCCGGAUGAUAUGCCCGAGCAGAGGGAAAGCUCUGUUAUUAACGUUGGAAUUACGUGGGAUGCUUCGAGGGGGAAUGUCGGUGCGGAUGUUGAUCAUAAUAAAGUGUUCUGGAAAACGAGGAUGUGUAGCAAAUGGGAGAUGGGGCAGUGUCCGUUUGGCGAUCGAUGCCAUUAUGCUCACGGGCAGUCAGAAUUGAAGUCACAUGUCAGCGUUAGCGACUCGGUUCACUUCGAACCGGCGAAAGAAGCCGUCUCGAUUCCGAGAAAGCCCGUCCCGGUUUCAGCAUUUACCGCAGCACCAGCUAAUAAUCUAGUGGCAGCUAUACCUUCUUCGAAUGGAGAUGAAGAAAGCAAGAAGUUAUCAAAAUGGAAACUUACAAAAAAGAUUAAUCGAAUUUAUGCUGAUUGGUUAGAUGAUAUGACACCUCCUCACAACUCCCCUACCCAAGAAGACAUCUAAUUAAGCUUUCUUUUAUAAUUUUCUUUUUAAUUAUUUUUUGAAUAUUAUCUCAUAGUUGAAUUAGCGGCAACAGGUUGUUAGUGAUUUUUGGUUGUCAGCUGAUUCUUUGUCUCAAUUCAUUUUUGAAUUUUUUGAUUUAUAUUGUAAAAUAUUUAAUAAGCAAUUCAAUUCAUUAUUGAUUAUUUCAAUAGCUGCAUUUUCUUUUUCAAAUUCCUUAUUUUAAUAAUAAUUCAUUUAAUUAUUAA